GACGUGAGGCGUGGAACAGGCUAUGCCAAGCACAAUCUACCUUGGGAAGAGAGAAAAGGAUAACACUCUUUCCUUUAUAUAACCCGGCCAUUGAUCCAGUGCUAAUCCAUCCUCAUUCUUGGGAGAAUCAAAGUCACACAGAGGAAGGAGAUGACAGGCUCACUUGCAAGAGGAACUCCCACUUUUAAUUCCAUGUUUUUCAAGCCAAUGCUACGAAAAGGCUACCACAAAACAGGAACAUCGGCCGAUACAAUACGGGAGAGCAGUGUGAAAGUGAACCCGGAAGAGGGCCUUUCUACAAAGAGCCAAAGCCUCCAAAAUGGGAAUUGCAGCAGCAAUUGGGUGCCUCAUGAAAAGAAUGGGAUUUAUCAUCCCAAAGGCCACGAAAAAGUUUUGGAAGAUGUUCCUCCUGGAGCUGCCAGAGAUAUUAUUGGAGUUAACUGGUUCUCUGAUAAUUAAUUAAGCAUCUCUUCUUCCUAUUUCUAUUACCAUGAUUAAACUAUGCUUAAGCCCCCUCUCUCUCUAUAUAUAUUCUGUGUUUUUGUAUUUUUUUUCAAUUAUGAACUUGAUUGUGCCUGUGGGAUGUCUUAUUGUAUCAUGAUUUCGAAAAGGGUAAAUCACAUUGUCCCACCAAAGGUUUGGUCAGUCAAUAACAUAAAUUAUACUUUUUCAUUCAAAA